AUGAUGAACCUAAAUGAAGACACAGACAUUAACAAACUGAUUGAGGUAAAUCAUACAUCAAUUCAUUUUUACAAAGAUGGACAACUGGACAAGCUGCUGGAAAGGAACGAAUGGGUAAAGAAGUAUGAAUCCGUUGAGUCCGAAUGUGCAACUUUGAGGGAAAAAUUGAAUAGGAUCACUUUGAACAGUCAUGACAAAAAUGAGCAAUUGCAUGGGAACGACGCAAUCCAGAGGGAUAUUUCGAUGAAGUUCAAAUAUAUGCAAAACCAGUGCGAAUUCCUCACCGUCCAGCUGAACAUCCUCACCCUGGAAAAGGAUAAAGAGGUAAAGAAAAACCAAGACCUGCAAUCUACAAUCGAUAAGCAGAAAAACGAAAUAAAGGGAUACCAGAAAAUUCUUGAAAAAGUAAAAAAUAUGAAUAUCUCCUUCAGAAAAGAGAAAAACGAAACUGAAAAAAAAUUUUGCACCAUUAGAGAUAACGACUUAUUGACCAGGAACGACAAUGUCCUGCUCAAAGAAAUAGUAAAAAUAAAUGACAAGCUGAUGCAAGUGAAUGAAAAAAUAAGAGACAACUUUGAAGAAGAGCUCAACAAGGCCAAAACUAAACUGUCCGUGGCUCAUGACAAAAUUGGACGGUUCUCCGAGACAGUCAAUAAUAUGAGGGAAAAUUUUAUCAAGUACAAAAAAAGGAAAGAAAAUAUUUUGCUAAAAAUAUUAACAGCCAAUGAACAGUUAAAAAAAGAAUUGCUGGAAAAAAAAAUAACCGAGCAACGCAACAUAGAGUGGAACAACCACUUGGAAGAGUACAUCACAUCUAACGUUUUGAUGAAUUUUUACGAGGCCAAAUACAAAAUGAGCGAUUUCAUCCUACACAUUGUGCUCAGUUAUGUUAACUCGAUGGCCAAUUGGGAUCAUGUCGAUGGUGGAAAAGCCGUUGGGUUGGAAAGGGCCAAUGAGGGGGAUGCAAAUUACUCCAUUUUGAACACCCUCCUGGUAAUGCCUAUGGGGGACAUUACAAAAAUAAAAACGGGAUGGACCUCCAACAAAGAAAUGUACGAUGAGCAAAUGAACACUCUAAAGAAAGAUCUCCUGUCGGGCAAUUUCCCACAGAAGCACCAAAAAAGGAACAAGCAAGAUCCUCCCACCAAGGCAGAAAAUUCGGAAGAUGGUAACUCCAUGGAAGAAUUCAUACGUACCAACCCCAACACACCAAAUAUUGUAAGCGAUAUAUACUACCACAUAAAACUCGUGAAUGACAUUUUAGAGACAGUGAAUGUGACGCUGAUUCUGCUUCUAUACACACACGAGACGUACUUAAAGGAGCCGCUUAACCACCUCCACCAGGAGGCGUACAUUCAAAUGCAAGAAAAGGGAAACCUACGAUUUGGUGCAUACUUUUUUACUGCUCUCUCGAAUUUUCUCUUAUCUGUCUUGAAAUACGUCCAUAUAGUUAGAGGCACAAAUACACACAUCCACCACGCACUACUACAACAGGAACAGUUAUAUACAUUUUUCUGUUUAACAAAAUAUGUACUGGAGGAGUAUGUAGAAAAGAUAAGAAUUAAACUCUUCACGUCGACGAUUGAUUAUCGCAUAUUGGACCUUCUCAGCGAUAAGCUAAGAGACAUCUAUGAUGAGGUCAUUGCACACGUGGUGGGGGGACGCAUCCAGGGGGAGGGACAUGAAGGAGAUACUGCACAUGGGCAAGUUGUCCCAACAAAUGUCACACCAAAAUGUAGUACCAAUAUGGGCAGGGGAAAACCAACGCAUGAUGAGGCAAAAAACACCAAAUUGGUAAUCUGCGCGGGUAAGCAAAAUAGGGAUAGCGACUCGUCACAGAAGGAAUAUUCGUAUGAGGACAGUACUGAGGAGACCACCUCUCUUGACGUAUUGGGCCACUUAAAUCUCGCUACGGGUUUGAGCAUCAUAUUAAUGAUCGACCAGGAUGUCUACUGUGAUGCCUUCCCCGAUAUGGACGUCAACCAACAGAAGGAAAUAAUAACGAAAUGCCAAGAGCUCCUCAAAUUAGUGAAGGCACCCCUCAAAAUUACCAAUUUUUAUUUCCCUAUAAUGAGGUAUAAAUUGUCUUUUAAAAAUUUUAUUAUGCACUGUAAAAAAUAUCAAACGAUGGUGAUGAGUAGUGCGAAUGGAAUAAAUUACACACAUGGGCAUACCAACAGUGAGUACACAAUAAACCAGGUGAGUGCCUCCAUGUUGAACGAACUGAAAAGUAUACUAGAGGAUGCCACAAGGAUCUACUCCAUCGAUGCGCAGGAAAGGGGGGAUCCAUACAUACUACAAAUGUGUGGCAAAAUGGUAGAGCUUUACAGAGACGAAGUUGAAGGAAGAGGGAAACAAAGCAAAGAGCAACAGAGAGAGGCUGUCUUAAAAAGAGAUGAACUCAUAACACAGUUACAAGACGAAGUUACAUUGAAUAGGGACAAAAUAAAUGCACUCAAUAAACAACUAAACCUACUUACCAUAAGGGAAGAAAAAUAUAACAAAAUCAGUAUAGACUUGAAUGUUUUAAAAAAGGAAAAAAAUGAAUAUUUAAAUCUAAUCAGCGAACUACGCGAAAGCAAGAACGAAAAUGUAAAUGAAAUUUCCCAUCUCACAAAACAUUACAAUGAUAUUAAGAAAAAAUAUAAUGACAUGUUAAAAAAUUAUGAACACAAGAAAAAGUUUUAUGGCACCCAGAAACAAAUGGAACCGUCUAACAUUGACACAUAUUACAUGAAGAAAAUUAUAAAUAAUCUUUACUAUGAAAAUUUUUUGACCAAGGUCGGUACACACUACCGCUUGUUUGGGCAAUCGGGGUAUCCCUCCGAUGACACCUUCUGUGGGUCGUCCCCUAUCGGUGCAUGUAGGAAAACUCCCUUGGGGUCCACAUCACACCUGCCACUAUACACACAUGACGUGGAUGAUGGCAUAUCUUCCUUAACAAACCAAAUUGGCCCAAACCCAAACCGAUCAUCAACCAGCGACACCUACUUCACGAACGAAAAACACAUCACCCUGUACGACGAUAUAUAUAACUGCGAAAUAAUCAAAGGUAGAAUUAACCGUACCCAAAAGGUUUAUUUUAAGAAUAAACUCUACCGUACAAACACCACAUUGGAGAAAAUUCUCACAUAUCACACAGAAGACAAAAACACACAACACAUAAUUCACAUCGUGGACAUAAUCGAAGAAUAUAAAAAUUUAAAAAAUGAAAUUUUCACUCAAAUGGUGAAUACUCCAAUUAAGACUAAUUGCAUCUUAAGGGGGGGAAAAAAAAAGGAACAUCAAAAUUGGGCACGCUUGUCGGAAAAAGCAGCUCAACUAAAAUAUGCGAUAAGGAAAAUUCAUGCCGACAAUAAGGGGUCCAGGUUAUUAAAAGGGGGUCCUCCUGCCUCCGCCAGAAAUGUCCUCACCAUUUCGUUUCGGGAUAGGUCGGACAUUUGCCACCAUGGGGACACUCCAGAAGAUCAUGCAAUCACAAAUGGGCACAACACAAAUGAAGGCAACGCACAGGAAAGCUGCAACAAUGUUAUACUCACCGAACAGUCCUUUUCCUACCUCCUUCACAAUAUGUUCGAUUUGUGA